AAGAACAGUAAGCAUGGCGGCUAGGCUUUCCUCUUCAUGCUUUGCCUUUCAGUGUUUCUGUGUCAUAUUUUCAUGUUCAUAACACUGAUAAAACCCUCAGCACUGCAGUGAGGGGUACCUGCAGGUUGUAGCAGCUUCCUCUGCUCCGUUCGGCUCUGGCAUAAGGCAGCCGUUACACUGUGGCUAACGUUAGCAGGGUCCGUACACGUCGUGACUUGUGACCCACUUUGAUUUGUUUUCCUAGACUUACUGAGUGGAAUGAAACAUCAAGAGCCUGAACACGGACCAAAGAGGGUUACAUCUUAAUUCAGUGACGCAGACCUAAGUCAAAGACGGGGAAGAAAUCAGCCUUUUUGGAAGACGCAGACACCAAAAACCAAUGAUGGGUGAAGUGACUGUUGAAGUCGAUGAAGAGGUGACCAAACAGGACUUCUCUUUGGAGCCCCUGCCAGAGCCACUGCUCAUUAUCCUGUCCCCUCCUCCACCUUUCCUCCCAGUGCCUGGAACGCCCACCAUGUUUUGGCGUAACUGGCUGAAAUCUUUUGAAAACUAUGUAGAGGCGCUCAACGAACACGAGCUCAGUGACUCCAGUAGGUGUUCACUCUUACAGAACUGCCUUGGCCCAGAGGGCCAGCGUAUUUUCACAACACUGAUCCAAAGUGAGACCACGUAUGCUACGGCCGUUUCAGUGCUCACUGUUUACUUCAGCGCUGAUCCGGCCUCUCAGAUGUACCGCCUGAAAUUUCAUCAGAGGGCCCAGGCACCCGGAGAGUCUGUCGAUCAGUUUGUGUCUGCUUUAGGAGAACUGCUGCAGCCCUGCAACUAUGAAGACUCACAAGAGAAACUCAUCCUGGAUCAGCUGAUUGAGAAAACACACUGGCCACAGCUCAAAGAGAGGUUGGUGAUGGAGAGAGAAACUCUGACCUUGGAUAGAGCAAUGGUGAUCGGUAAAGAGGUUGAAUCUGCUCUGAGUAAAAGUGAACUUUUUGGUGUUCACGAGGUCAGCGUGGAUAUUGAAGAUGAUUUUGAGCUUCCUGUUCAGAAGAGGAAAAGAGGGCGACCAAGGAAAGGAGAGAGCAGGGCAAAUACUAAAACUCAAACAUACACGACCAAAGUGACAGAGAGCAGGGUCAAAAUUAAAACUGAACCCCAUCCGAUUAAAAUCUCAGCAAGACAAUGUCGAUUCAAAGAUAAUUAUUAUUACAUGAACGAUAAGCUGUAUUAUAGUGAUAAUGAAGAAGACUAUAGGAAUGAUGCUGAUGAGAUGAAUCUGUCCUGCGAUAAACCCAUCAAUAAAAAGGACAAGGAGGACGAUUUUAAGCCACAUGUUCAAAAGAGGAAAAGAGGACGACCUCGGAAAGGAGAGAGCCGGGCAGACAACAAAACUCAAACAUACUUGACCAAAGAGGCAGAAGGACCAUCAGGAUCCAACGAUAAUCUUUAUAGCAUGAAUGAUAAACCAUGUCAUAGCAACAACGUAGGCGCUGGUUCUAACAAUACUGAUGAGGUGACUAAAGUCCUAGAAGAUUAUGGCUCAUCCUUGGUAUCAUCACAGAUGAUAGAGGAGAGGGUCUUUGACAAAGAAAUCGACGACAUUGAUGAGGAUGAUGACGAAGAUGACGAUGAUGAUGACGACGACUAUGUCGCCUCCUCCUCUCGACGAAAGGGCCCCCUAUGUCCUAUCUGUGUAAACAGACGCUUCAGAGACGCGCACAAGCUCGCCAGACACAUGCGCACGCACACAAAGGAGAAACCGUUCACCUGCCCCAUCUGCCCCACAACCUUCAGCCAGUCGUAUCACAUGACCCGACACAUGAGGAACCAGCACAGUGCGGGCCCCUUCAUCUGCUCCAUCUGUGGGCAAAGUGUCGAAUCAUACAUAGAGCUGCGAAAUCACAAGAGCGCUCACGCACCGAGAAUCCAGACAUGUCCAGUCUGUCAGGAAGCCUUUACAAAGGAAGGUGCCUUUUUUAUUCAUAUGAUGUCACACAGCAAAGACCAGUCGGACCAGACAGAGGAACAGAGCUCACAGGAGAGCGAUGAAGCGAAUUAUGGAGAAAUUAUCCAGUCAUGUGUCAGAGAUGAUUAUGAGAACUGCAAUGACAAUGUAGCUGAGAUGGAUGCAAGUUGUGGUAACGAUGAGCCUGAGGAUAAAGAGCCUCCUAUCACGUUUAAGAUUGAACAUGUAGACCCAGAGGAGGUUGAACCAGAAAGUGGAGGCACACAGACAGGAAAGGGCCGUAAGCCUAGAUCUAAACCGCAUGUCUGUCCCAUCUGCCCAAACAGACGAUUCAAAGGCUCAAACAAACUCUCCAGACACAUGAGGACGCACACAAAGGAGAAACCAUUCAGUUGCCCGGUCUGUUCCUUAACCUUCAGCCAGUCCUACCACAUGACCCGACACCUGAGGAACAAGCAUGAGCUGGGACAGUACAUCUGCCCGAAAUGUGGGAAAAGUUUGGAAAGCUGGAUGGAGCUGAAAGAACACAAGAAGACUCAUGCUAUAGAAGGCCUGACAUGUCUUGCAUGUGAUAAACAGUUCAAGGAGAGGACUGCACUUGUGAAUCAUCUCAAAAUUCACAAGAAAGUUGCCAACCCUCGAAGCCUCAGCUGCGGCGACUGUGGGAAAGUAUUUGGUAGAAUGUACCAUCUGAAAAGACACAUAAUGAGCCAUCGCAAAGCUACAAAUAGUGAGUGCUACACAUGUCCAGACUGUCAGAAGAACUUUGCUUUCCCAGAAGAUCUUAACAAACACCUGGAGAUCCACGUAAAAGAAAACAACGGGACUUGUCCCAAAUGUGAUGAAAAGUUCAGCACUCCUGAAGAACUUGAGGCGCACAUGGGGAUUCAUGACAAGACAUACUCCUGCAACACCUGCGGUAAGAAGUUUAAGGUAGAGUAUGCUCUGAAGAAGCAUGAACAGGGCCACCAGCAUGAGCGGUACUACUGUUCAUUGUGCCAAAAGCGCUUCAUCAAGCUGUCUCACUACAAGAGGCACAUCCUGGUCCACAACAGGCGGGAAUCCAGGUGUCCUUACUGUGACAGCAUCUUUUUGCAGAUUACAGCCUUUAAAUACCAUCUACGGACUCAUGUUGAAGAAAGGCCAUUUCAGUGCUCGUGUUGUAUCGAGACCUUUGAGGAUAAAGACGAUCUAGAUCAACACUGCCUCAAACACAGGAAGUUCAAGAAGGAGCGGCCGUACUCAUGCACUCGAUGUGACAAUGCCUACACCACGCUUAUUGAGCUGACGGACCACAUGACCUCACACGAGGGCGAGCAGCCACAGAACUGCCCCAUCUGUGGCAAGACCUUCCUGAACAAAAACAAGCUGGAGAAGCACCUGAGCAUCCACACAGGCGAGAGACCGCACCUCUGCUCCAUCUGCGGCAACGGCUUCCCCUCAGCUGCCAGCCUCAAGCUACACCUCCACAUCCACAGCGGGGAGAAACCCUUUCAUUGCUCGCAGUGCAGCAAGACCUUCAGAUCAUCCAGCGGGCUGCGGCUGCACAGCAGGCAGCACCUGGAGGUGCGGCCCAGCUAUGAGUGCCCCGAGUGUGGGAGAACUUACGGCCGAAUGACGGAGCUGAAGAUGCACCAACGCUACCACACGGGGGACAAACCGUACGCCUGCACCUGCUGCAGCAAACGCUUCAUUAGCAAAGACAAGCUGAAUGUUCACAUGAGGAUACACACUGGGGAGAGGCCAUACUCAUGCCCCCACUGUGGACAGACCUUCACUCAGACUGGGGACAGGAACAGACACAUCAGUAAAUUCCACUAGUUUAUGUUUCUCACUAACAGAGCUUUGCAGAGGACUUCUGAUUGAUUGUACCAGUGAGUUUGCAAAUUUGCCAAGCUCACUAAAGUUACCAUCACAGCCUGGGCCAUUAAAUCUCUUUUUAAUUUGGGGAAACUCUAAGGUGCUCGCUUAAACUGAAGGCGCAUAAAGGACUAGUAAAUCA